CACAGGAAAUGUCGGAAGUACUGCAGAGAUGAAUUUCUUUUUGGAUGAUCCUGAAUUUGCUGAAAUCAUGCAGCAAGUGGAACAAGCCAUAGAAAAUGAAGUCUUUCCAGAAAGAAUCUCCCAAGGUUCCAGCGGAAGCUACUUUGUCAAAGACUCUAAGAGAAAAAUUAUUGGAGUAUUUAAACCCAAAUCUGAAGAGCCUUAUGGUCACCUAAAUCCAAAGUGGACCAAAUAUUUCCACAAAAUCUGUUGCCCUUGCUGUUUUGGCAGAGGCUGCCUUGUUCCUAAUCAGGGGUAUCUCUCUGAAACUGGUGCCUAUCUUGUGGACAGUAAACUAGGAUUAGGAGUGGUACCUAAGACAAAGGUUGUCUGGAUUGUUAGCGAGACAUUCAACUACAGUGCAAUAGAUCGUGCAAAAUCAAGAGGCAAAAAAUACGCUUUAGAAAAAGUGCCAAAAGUUGGCAAAAAAUUUCAUCGAAUUGGACUACCUCCUAAGGUUGGCUCCUUUCAGCUUUUCGUUGAAGGUUACAAAGAGGCUGACUAUUGGCUCAGGAAAUUUGAAACAGAUCCCUUGCCUGAGAAUACAAGGAAGCAGUUUCAGUCACAGUUUGAAAAGCUGGUUGUGCUUGAUUAUGUUAUCAGAAAUACUGACAGAGGCAACGAUAAUUGGUUAGUCAAAUAUGAAAAGCCGAGCGAUGGGACUGAUCUUUCUGAUAAGGAGAUUCAGUGGAUUAAUGAAAAAGAACCUAUCAUUAAAAUUGCAGCAAUUGAUAAUGGUCUAGCUUUUCCUUUCAAGCAUCCUGAUGAGUGGAGAGCAUAUCCAUUCCACUGGGCUUGGCUUCCACAAGCAAAGGUCCCUUUUUCUCAAGAGACAAUAGAUUUGAUACUUCCUCGUAUUUCUGACAUGAAUUUUGUGCAGGAUCUCUGUGAAGAUCUUUAUGAACUUUUUAAGACUGACAAAGGGUUUGACAAAGCUACAUUUGAAAACCAAAUAUCUGUGAUGAGAGGACAGAUACUUAACCUUACUCAGGCAUUAAAAGAUGAAAGAAGUCCUCUUCAGCUUGUCCAGAUGCCUCGUGUGAUUGUGGAAAGAAGUCAUGGUGGAAGUCAAGGAAGGAUCGUUCCCUUGAGCAAUGCAUUUACACAGACUUUCCAUAGCCGGAAGCCUUUUUUUUCCUCCUGGUAAAAGACAAGUAAAGAUCUUUAGUUUAGCAAGAUGUUCCACUAUGUAAAGAUUUCCGAAUAAUUUUUCUGUGCCCCCAAAUGCUGGACUGCCAAAACUUCAGAAGUUUUAUAUUUUGAAUGUACUAAGUUUACAGUUCAUUUAAAAUUGUGAAAUUUUACAUCAGGGAAAUGAGGAGCUUGUCCUAAACUGUAUUUUUAUAAAUGGUACGAUGUUUUCUGUAUUUAAUUUUUGAAAGGGGGGAAAAAAAGAAAAGUUUACAGAUGCCAAAGACUACUUUUGACUCAAUUGGAAAAAAAAAUAUUCUGUUGCAUACAAUAUCAGAAAUUAUAGUCUAAUUUUAUAGAUAGAAUUGAAAUACCAGGCCUUUUAUUCCAUUGCAUAGUUGUCUCUCAGUCAUCUUAAACUGGUAUAUGGGACCAAUACCACUAUGUCUGCAUUUGGAAAAUAAAGGGCUUGGAGGUGGGUUAAAGUCAUGUUGGUAGUCCAGAGGAAACAUAAUUAUGUCAUAUUUCUCACACCCUGUUUGCAUUGAAUGCAGGCAGUUCUAAGGGCAAGCUAGCACAUGUCCCACUGCAUGUUGCUUGUUUUGGGAAAGGAACAAGUACUGGCCAGUGCCUCUUCACCACUGUUGCGUGCCUAACAAUGCACAGCCUGUGUCUGCAUUUUUAGAUAUGGGCUCCGUCCAUACUAAAAGGGAAUUGAACAUUGUUCGUUUACAAACGUGUGGAUUUUUCUUGGGGGUGCACAGUUUUAGGAGUACAGUUCCAGGUUUCCAUUCCUCUCUCUUCAGUCCUUUUUUCUGUGUAAAAACUGAGCCAGUUACAGAUGACUUUGUUGCUGCUUAAAGAUAUCCUUUUGAAGAAAAUAAAAGGCACCGUUAACAUCGUUUUACUUAGUACUGAGAAGUAAAAUAUUCCAAGAAUUUUUGAUGUUCUGGACCAAGAACUGGAUGAGGGUAAUGCUACAAAAAAUGAACAUAGGUUGAUCUUUGUGGGAUUAUAUGUAUUCAUAAACAUAUGCUGCAGACUUGUGAUUCUUUUGUCAGGAUGAUGAAUUGAGAAAAUACUGUAUUUGUUAGAACAAUAUCGCUGCUGCAAUUUUGUCCUAGUAUUGAGGUUUUGAAACUUUUACCAAAGCCAAUUAAAUUCACUAAAACCAAAGUAGACAGUUUACUGGUAUGUUAGAUACCUCUUCCUGACAUCACUAUCUUGUUUGAACCACUCAGACUUGCAGUAGGUCAGAAAUUUGCAAAUGAGUUCACUUUGCAAAUGAUCAGCUGUUCUGAUCAUUUCAUGUCAGGUGAUUCCUCAACAGUUCUGAACUAUUCGCUUUAGCUGAUCAGUUGCAAGAAUAACUAUCUUUACAGGAGUAAUUUUCCACUUGUUUCAAAUCCAGUACAACACUUCAGGGUGUGAAGCUAAAAUAGUCUGUGUCAAAAAUGUUUUUUGUCAAAGUUGUGCCUAGCAUUUUCCGAAAUGCUGUUUCUUUAAAUGCAGAGCAAUAUUCCCAACUUUCUUGCAUUGCUGUUCCUUUUAAUGUCUCAUAGAGUUUGGUAAACCAAUGUAGCCUGUUGGACUAAUUUACUUGAUCUACUAAAAUGUAUAAGCCUUAAUAUUGAAAAUUUUCUGUCUUGCAGGUUUAUAAAUUUAUAGUGAUUUCAGUUUUUAUCAAUUCCUGUAAAUUAUUUAAAAACAAAAGAUGGUGUACUUUGCUCUCUCAAAACAAUAAACACCAUGGUCUCUGCUGCAGAUCUGCCACAAUUGCCUGGUUACAUUUAGUUUAUUGUUGGAAAAAAACAUCUGUAACAGAGAACCUUGACUUACAAGUUCUCUCCCCCUUCUUAAGAUGAGGUUCAUUUUACUCAUUAAUAUUUUUUAAUGCUGCUGUGUCUUCCAAGUUCCUAGCACUUGCUAUAACAAGACAACACUUUUAGCCAGUGUGAUCGUUUUUCAUUAAAGUGAUUUGCUUCAAUUAAAAA